GCGAAGGCAGCUCGGCCGAGGCAACGAGCGAGCUAGCGAGUGGCGCAGGGACCCAGCGAGCUGCUGGGGCUUCUGCGGCGCCCGCCUACGCUCCCUCCCCUCGGGCGCUCGGGGCGCCGACUGGCGCCGCCCCCCGGGAAGAUGGCGCUGCACUUUCAGAGUUUGGCUGAAUUGGAAGUAUUAUGUACUCAUCUCUACAUAGGGACUGAUCUUACACAAAGAAUAGAGGCUGAGAAAGCACUCCUGGAACUUAUUGACAGCCCAGAAUGUCUCAGCAAGUGUCAACUUUUAUUAGAACAAGGAACAACAUCCUAUGCUCAACUCCUUGCAGCAACAUGUCUUUCAAAACUUAUUAGCCGAGUCAGUCCUUUGCCGAUUGAACAAAGAAUAGAUAUCAGAAACUACAUUCUUAAUUAUGUGGCAUCACAACCCAAGCUGGCUCCCUUUGUCAUCCAAGCUCUAAUUCAAGUCAUUGCUAAAAUUACUAAAUUGGGGUGGUUUGAGAUUCAGAAAGACCAGUUUGUCUUCAGAGAAAUUAUUGCUGAUGUGAAAAAGUUUCUUCAGGGUACUGUGGAACACUGCAUAAUAGGAGUAAUAAUCCUCUCAGAAUUGACUCAGGAAAUGAACCUGGUUGAUUAUUCUAGACCUUCAGCAAAACACAGGAAAAUAGCUACCUCAUUUCGUGACACUUCUCUUAAAGACAUUUUAGUGCUAGCAUGCUCUCUUCUAAAAGAGGUGUUGGCCAAGCCUUUAAACCUUCAGGAUCAAGGUCAACAAAACCUAGUAAUGCAAGUCUUGAAACUGGUCCUCAACUGCCUUAACUUUGACUUCAUUGGCAGUUCAGCAGAUGAAUCUGCAGAUGAUCUUUGCACAGUACAGAUUCCAACAACUUGGAGAACAAUUUUCCUGGAACCAGAAACAUUGGAUCUUUUCUUUAAUUUGUAUCAUUCACUUCCACCACUCCUAUCUCAGUUAGCACUUUCAUGUUUAGUUCAGUUUGCUUCUACAAGAAGGUCCUUAUUUAGCAGUCCUGAACGUGCCAAGUACCUUGGUAAUUUAAUCAAGGGAGUAAAAAGGAUACUUGAAAACCCUCAGGGUUUGUCCAAUCCAGGUAAUUAUCAUGAAUUUUGUCGAUUUUUGGCUCGUUUAAAGACAAAUUACCAGCUGGGAGAAUUAGUUAUGGUGAAGGAGUAUCCUGAAGUUAUCAGAUUGAUUGCUAAUUUUACCAUUACUAGCCUACAGCAUUGGGAAUUUGCUCCCAACAGUGUUCAUUAUUUAUUAACUCUCUGGCAAAGGAUGGUAGCAUCAGUUCCUUUUGUGAAAUCAACUGAACCCCACUUAUUAGACACUUAUGCACCAGAAAUCACGAAGGCCUUUAUCACUUCUCGGUUGGAAUCUGUUGCCAUAGUUGUGAGAGAUAAUUUAGAUGAUCCACUGGAUGAUACCGCCACUGUGUUUCAGCAGUUGGAGCAGUUGUGCACUGUUAGCAGAUGUGAAUAUGAAAAGACAUGCACUCUUCUUGUACAGUUGUUUGAUCAAAAUGCACAGAAUUACCAAAAGCUUCUGCAUACAGCUUCUGGAAUAACUGUGGACAUGGCAAUUCAAGAAGGACGUCUUGCCUGGCUGGUAUACUUGGUUGGGACAGUUGUUGGAGGAAGAUUAACAUAUACCAGUACAGAUGAACAUGACGCUAUGGAUGGAGAAUUAUCCUGUCGAGUUUUUCAGCUUAUAUCUUUAAUGGAUACCGGAUUGCCUCAGUGUUCUAAUGAGAAAAUAGAACUUGCAGUUCUGUGGUUCUUGGAUCAGUUUCGUAAAACAUAUGUUGGUGAUCAACUUCAGCGAACCUCAAAGGUAUAUGCCCGUAUGUCAGAAGUCUUAGGAAUAACAGAUGACAACCACGUUCUAGAAACAUUCAUGACGAAAAUUGUUACAAACCUUAAAUACUGGGGAAGAUGUGAGCCUGUCAUUUCAAGGACUCUUCAGUUCCUAAAUGACCUUUCUGUUGGCUAUAUCCUUUUAAAAAAACUUGUGAAGAUAGAUGCCGUGAAAUUCAUGUUAAAAAAUCACACGAGUGAACACUUCCCCUUUCUUGGCAUCAGUGACAGUUACAGUCUCAGUGACUUCAGGUGCCGAACAACCUUCUACACAGCCCUCACUCGUCUUCUGAUGGUAGAUCUAGGAGAAGAUGAGGACGAAUUUGAGAAUUUCAUGCUGCCUCUUACAGUCUCUUUUGAAACAGUGUUACAGAUAUUCAAUAACAACUUUAAACAAGAAGAUGUAAAGCGUCUGUUGAUCGGGCUGGCAAGAGAUCUUCGAGGGAUUGCCUUUGCACUGAACACAAAGACCAGCUACACCAUGCUGUUUGACUGGAUGUACCCAAUAUAUAUUCCCAUUCUUCAGAGGGCUGUUGAGCAGUGGUAUGGAGAGCCAGCAUGUACAACUCCCAUCUUAAAACUUAUGGCAGAACUGAUGCAAAACAGAUCCCAGCGUUUGAACUUUGAUGUAUCAUCUCCUAAUGGAAUUCUUCUCUUCAGAGAAGCUAGUAAAAUGAUUUGCACUUAUGGUAAUCAGAUCCUGUCCCUUGGGAGCCUCUCAAAAGAUCAGAUUUAUCCAAUGAAACUCAAGGGCAUCUCCAUCUGCUAUUCAGCUCUCAAAUCUGCCUUGUGCGGAAAUUAUGUCAGCUUUGGCGUCUUCAAGUUGUAUGGGGACAACCAUUUUGACAAUGUACUCCAGGCCUUUGUCAAAAUGCUGCUGUCGGUGUCCCACAGUGACUUGCUACAAUAUCGGAAACUGAGCCAGUCUUAUUAUCCACUCCUGGAAUGUCUCACCCAGGACCACAUGAGCUUCGUCACCAACUUAGAGCCUCCUGUACUCCUAUAUGUUCUCACAUCUAUCUCAGAGGGACUCAGUACUCUUGAUACAGUUGUCUCCUCCAGCUGCUGUACCAGUUUAGACUACAUCGUCACCUACCUCUUCAAGCACAUAGCAAAAGAGGGCAGGAAGCCACUUCGAUGCAGAGAGGCUGCCCAGGCUGGUCAGAGACUAUUACAUUUUAUGCAGCAAAAUCCAGAGGUCCUGCAGCAGAUGAUGUCUGUCCUCAUGAAUACCAUUGUCUUUGAAGACUGUCGGAACCAGUGGUCAGUAUCCAGGCCUCUCCUGGGGCUCAUCCUGCUCAACGAGAAGUAUUUCAGUGAACUGAGGGCAAGUCUGAUAAACAGCCAACCUCUCCCCAAGCAGGAGGUCCUUGCCCAGUGCUUCAGGAACCUAAUGGAAGGAGUGGAGCAGAACCUGUCUGUCAAGAACAGAGACAGGUUCACCCAGAACCUCUCGGUCUUCAGAAGAGAUGUGGCAGAGGCCCUGCGCAGUGAUGGCAGCACCGAACCGUGCAGUCUGGACAUGAUGAGCUGACCCGACUUCUGACCGUGUGCCGAGCAGCUUUUAUCAAGAGACUUGUGGGUCUGGAUCCCAGGACAGUGAUGUUGGCUAGCCCAGGGGAAUCUAUUUUUCAAAACAAACAAACAACAACAACAAAAGUCCUACCUUUUUAUAAGCCUGGCCUAAUUAUAAGAAUUUAUAAUAGCGCACAAACAAUGUAAAUUCAGGCUUUGCACUGAAAAAGCAAAAGAUGUGUUUUCAGUCUUUCUAUAAAAUAUCAUUUAUCUUUGUUCUUAUAAUGCUCUGAAAGGGUGUAGAGACAAUAUUUAACCAAAGAAUAUAAUAAACCAGGUUUACGCCUAAGUGUGUACUAGUUAAUGGCUCUGCAGUCAAGGUUGUGAAUUUGUGAGAGAUGCAGCCUUCAACAUAGAUCCCGGAUUGAGACAAAUAUACCAUUUGAACCUGUUAAAUUAGUAGUUUGUUAUGAGUCUGGAAAAAGCAGCACUGGGGACUCUGAGCUGUGGGCAUUUAGAACGAGGCUGGGAGCUCUCCAGAGCAUCCCGCAGGAUUGCACACAGCCCUCUCCGCCUCAGCAGCGUCUGAUAAAGUUGAGAGACAGUAACACAAUUAAAUGACUUACAAACAACGUUUGCUCUUCGCUGGCAUAAAUCUGAAGUGGUUUAGUCUAGAAGAAUUAAGCUGUGCAAUUACUGCCUGCAGAGAUAUUUCUUCAGAAGGAGUAGGUAGCCCCCAGCAAGUAGCUCUGGGUGCUACUAGCACCCAGGCCUGCCUCCAUUUAAUUUUUAAGAGAAGAUGAGGGUGUCCGGUCAAAAUACAGAUUCAAAGCAGCUCUGCCUUCUUGGGCCACCCAAAACAGUUCUAGGUGCUAAAGUAUAGAUUUUCAGAGGAUGAGGAUCAGCUGGUUUUCAUCCUUCCACAAAAACUCUUACUACUGUGGGGACUGCAGCUCGGCCCAAACCCAGGACAAGGAGGAAGCCUUUACAGUUUGUGAGAGACUGGAGCUAGGCUAUUCAUUUGAGAUUGCCACUGUCAGAUGGCUUUGGUGUCUCACUGCUCUGUCUUCAUGGCUCAGGCUUGUAAUGAAUAUUGUUCCCUUUAUUUCUGAUAAGACAUGAAAGGUUGGCCUUACUGUUAAAGAAGAAGUAAAUCUACAAGCUCCUGUUAUAAUCUC